UUUGUAUCACGGUUGACAGUCAGUGUCAGUGUUAACGUUUCAACGUUCAACAUGUGUAGAAUAUUAGCAUUUGGCAUAAUAACAGUUCUCACUACGUCUCAAGUUUCAGGGAAUUCAUUAAAUGAAUUCUUUCAAGAGCAAAACCAGAAACUAAACGCUUUUUUUAAGGAUCAACUUAAUCUUGUUGAAGAUGCUGUAAAUACUAGUUACGCAGGCGCAAUACACAUUCAAAAUAAAAUUGGUGAUUAUAUAGAAGAUCAAAAAAAGAAGAUAUCAGACGAUGUUAAUAACUACGUUGAAAGAGUUCAAGAGAGUGGAAGAAAUUUCGUGGACACAUAUUCUUUCAUGCCAACAGAAGAUCCUUUGUCAUUACUGGUGAAACCAGAUGUAGUACUGUCUGUGCCAUCACUCAUUAGGCGUAAUGGUUACGACUGUGAAACUCACACGAUUUUCUCUGACGGUUUCCUGUUGAACGUACAUCGGAUUCCUCGUCCUAAGAGUGGUGGAGCAACUUCCAAGAACACUGUUAUUCUCCAGCAUGGUUUAUUUGCCAGUUCCGCCGAUUGGAUCUUGAAUGGACCUCAGAAAUCACUCGCGUAUGCUCUAGCUGAUGCCGGUUAUGAUGUUUGGAUGACUAAUAUAAGAGGUAACAGGUAUUCUAGAGAACAUUCUCGAUAUAAAGAAAAGACUAAAGAAUAUUGGAACUUUUCAUGGCACGAAGUAGCUGUGUAUGAUAUUCCAGCAGUGAUAGAUUACAUUCACAGAGUAAAAGGGAAUGCUAAAAUAGCUUAUAUUGGGCAUUCUAUGGGUACAACGAUUCUUUUUACUAUGUUGUCCGUGCGUCCGGAAUAUAACAAUAAGCUUGUUGGUGGUAUAGCUUUGGCACCUGAAAUAUUUAUAUCAAAUAUGGAAUCGCCGAUUAAAUCAAUGGCUAGUAUCGCAAGCGGCGUUGCUCACACACAAAUGGUAACUGGAAACUAUGAAUUCGUACCGAAAGAUUCAUUUUUUGGUCGCCUUCAUAAAAUGUGUGAAGCGGAACAUUUGAGCUCGCAGAUAUGUAACAAUGUGAUAUUUUAUGUUUGCGGCGAAGAUCAAAAGCAGCUUAAUGAGACAAUCCAGGAAACGUUUUUAGCAAAUUUGGGAACUGGUACGUCCUGGAAAACUGCCGUGCACCUAGCACAAAUGAUAUUGUCUGGCAAAUUUCAACCAUUCGAUUACGAUUACGAUGAGCGUAACCAGAGGAUGUAUGGCGCUGAUACACCACCAGAAUACGAUUUGACUAAAGUGACAUUGAAUAUAACAUUAUUUUGGGCACAGAACGAUUUGCUUUCUAAUGAAAUGGAUGUCAGAAAGCUACAUGAGAUGUUGCCAACGACAACACAGAUGUAUUUAGUGCCAUUUCCGAAAUUCAAUCAUAUGGACUAUUUGAUGGCCAAAGAAACGCCUCGCUUAGUAAAUAAUAAAGUACUCGAGACAUUGAGUGAAACAUUUCAACAAAGUAAUGACAUUCCAAGAAAUUAUUAGGUUUUUUAUAGCACUAUUUUUAUCAAACGGAAUUAUAGGUUAAUUAUAGGUAUAUUUUAUCUAAUCAAAUAUUUGUACUGAGAAAAUGAAAGACGCUUUCGGUAACAAUGAAUUAUUCAAGUAUUAUUAAUUAUAAGUGAACUUUAUUCGAUGAAAUUAAAAACUUAUCAAGGACCUCAAUUUGUUUCUUUUAAACUGGCUUCUGAUAAAAUAAAAAAAACGCGUAAUUAACAUAACACGCAA